AUCAAUCAAUCAACUCAGUCUUAAACUCAAAACAUUCCAAAGACAUCUGAAUUCGACAAUGAGUGGAUCCUCCUCGAGGGAAGCCACCUCCGCCGCCGGUGAUGGAAACUACAAACUGGAGAUAAAAGAAUACGGUGGAGGUAAAGGACCAGUCCGGUGGUUUUUUAAGGAGGACUCGUGCGUUGCAAUGAUAGAUGUUCCGGGUUGUUCAGUAGCACCCAGCAGUUACAGCUUGGAGAAAACCCACGUAGGGUUUCAAACAGAAGAAGUAGACCAGAACAACCACUCCCUACCCGUACGCACAUACAUCGGCUUCGUCAAGUUCCCAGCGGUUUACGAUUCGAAGCAUGCUAAGAUUUGGGUUGUCAAUGGCGUACUCUGGAUCACCGUUACUAAGCACCAAGGCCGCCAAGGUUAAUUAAUCAAGAAGAAGACUAAAUGAUGCUGCUUAAUUACGUCGUAUUUAAACUAGAAUAAUAAAAAUCUGUUUGGACCAUGCAUGGUCGGUGUUAUCAGGGUUUUUCUAUAGUCGGUAUGUCCAGUCUACCUAUUGUUAGGGUUUCAUAUGGUGUGUCGCUAGCUGUUUCAUCCAGCAAGCUUGUUUAUCUUUUAUGGUUAUUGAAAGUCUUUGCUUGUUUUAUAAUUAUAUAAUUAAUCAAAAAUUUAAAC